GUUGCACUUAAUGGCACGGUCGCAAAGCUAAACGGUCUCUCUAUCAUAUGGUCAUGUGCCGGUCUGUAUGUUGGUGGCUCUGCUGAAUGCUACAUAAAAAGAACUGAGUUUUAAGAAGUCGUCAAGCCUCGUCAAUAUCCUACAUGGUGUCAGAAGAAGUUCGGGUGAAGUGAGUCGGUAUGGCGCAGUUUCAACCCCCGCCGAACCUGAGUUUGCAAGGCAAUCUUGCUGAGAACUGGAAGUGUUGGAGUCAGCGCUUUGAACUGUUCAGCGUCGCUAGUGGAGUCUCGGAAAAGUCCGAAAAAGUACAGUGUGCAACUUUUCUUCACGUCGCGGGAGAGGAGGCGAUUAAGGUGUGCAACACAUUCGUCUUCGCCGACGCGGAGAAGGACAAGAUAGCUGUGCUGAAGAGCAAAUUUAAGGAGUACUGUGAGCCGCGGAAGAACUUAACGUACAUACGGCACGUAUUCUUUACCCGAGCACAGAAGCAGUCGGAGCCCAUUGAUUCAUAUGUGACGGAUCUAAAGAGCAAGGCAAAGGACUGCGAGUUUGGAGAUCUGCACGAUUCCCUGGUACGUGACCGCAUUGUGUGUGGAAUAACUAACGACCAAGUGAGAGGCAGACUGUUGAGAGAGGCUGAUUUGACACUGGAAAAGGCUGUUGAUAUUUGCAGGGCGAGCGAGCUAACAAAUACUCAAGUCAAAGCACUGACAGAAGAGGUCGAAAUGAACGCUGUUAAAACUGUCAAAAAGAAAGACUUUAGAGUGAAAGCAAAUGCAGAACAGCAGACCGAGGCGAGCUGCAAUAGAUGUGGCUUUAAACAUGGAGCUAAUGCAUGUCCUGCACUUGGCCAAAUAUGCAAAAAGUGUCAAAAGAAAAAUCACUUUGCUAAAAUGUGCAGAUCACAGAGUCAGUCAGGCUCAUGGAAGAAGCAGCAGCAGUACAGAAGGAGAAUGCAUGCUGUAGUGCAGAGUGAAGAAGAGGAUGACAUGUUCAUUGGCACACUUAGAGUGGAGCAAGACAAAUACAUCAGUAUAAUGGAGUCUGCUGAGACCGAAACUGAGAAAGAAAAAUGGACAGAAAGCCUGAGAAUUAAUAACAAUGUGGUGACCUUUAAGUUGGACACUGGUGCAGAUUGUAAUGCAAUGUCAAUUAAAACAUUCAAUGCACUGGAGGUCAGAGGCAGGCUUAAUGCCAGCAAGAGCAAGCUGGUUGCUUUCUUUGGGCAGAAAAUAGCACCAUUGGGCAAGAGAGCUUUAACCUGUGAACAUAAAGGACAAAAGCACCGCAUUGAGUUUGAGAUUACACAGGAAGAUGUACCAGCUAUACUGGGCGGAGACACUUGUGUGAAACUAGGCUUGUUGAAGAGGAUGCAUGAAAUCUUAAAGGAAGAUGACAUUCUCAAAGACUAUGAGGACCUGUUCGAUGGACUGGGCUGCAUACCGGGUCAGCACCAUAUCCAGAUUGACCACACUGUCACCCCUGUUGUGCACGCACCAAGGAGGGUUCCCGUGGCGAUCAGAGACAGAGUGGUGGAGGAACUACACCGCAUGGUAAAAAUGGGAGUCAUAACAAGGCAGACGGAGCCCACAGACUGGGUCAAUAGUAUGGUCACUGUUGUGACACCUAAGAAAAUCCGAAUCUGUAUAGACCCAAAGGACUUGAAUGAAGCUAUUAAACGGGAGCACUACCCAUUGCUGACAGUGGAGGAAGUUGUUUCCCGUAUGCCCAACGCCAAAUACUUCUCAGUGCUGGACGCUAAUAAAGGGUUUUGGCAAAUCAGACUUGAUGAGGAGAGCUCGAAGCUCUGCACCUUCAACACCCCAUUAGGAAGAUAUAGGUUCCUGCGGUUGCCGUUUGGGAUAUCUUCCGCGUCAGAGGUGUUCCAGAGGGCCAUCGCACAGAUGAUUGAGGGCCUGGAGGGUGUAGUAAAUAUUAUUGAUGAUUUGCUUGUCUGGGGCGACUCUGUGGCGCAGCACGACCACAGGCUGAGGUUGUUACUGCAGCGAGCAAAGGAGAACAACCUGAAGCUGAAUAGAGACAAAUGCAAAAUCAGAACAACCGAAAUAAAAUACAUUGGACACAAGCUCAGUGCCAGUGGACUGAAACCAGAUGAAGAAAAAGUAAGAGCUGUGACCGAGCUUCCGCCACCACAGGACAAGCAGGAAUUAAUGCGAUUCAAUGGCAUGAUCCAGUAUCUUGCUAAGUUUAUUCCUAACCUGUCUGAAGUUAAUGCACCUUUAAGAAAACUACUUGAAGAUGACACAGAGUGGCACUGGGAGGAACCACAAAAAAGGAGUUUCGAAACACUAAAAAAGCUGGUCACAAGUGCUCCAACUUUAAAGUUCUAUGAUGUGAAUAAACCAGUAACUCUGUCAGUGGAUGCCAGCUCGGAGGGCAUAGGAGCAGUCCUGCUGCAGGAGGGACAGCCAGUAGCCUAUGGAUCAAGAGCACUCAGUGACUGUCAACGCCGAUAUGCGCAAAUAGAAAAAGAGCUUUUUGCCAUUGUCUAUGGAUGCGAAAAGUUUCACCAGUAUGUCUAUGGAAAAGAAAUACAAGUCGAGAGUGACCAUAAGCCACUGGAAAGCAUAUUCAAAAAACCAUUGCAUCAAGCUCCCAUGAGGCUCCAGAGAAUGCUGCUGAGGCUGCAGCGAUACAGCCUGAAAGUAAAAUAUCGUCCUGGAAAGGAGCUGCAUAUAGCAGACGCGCUGAGUCGCGCUUAUCUCAAUGAGCAGAAAGAAGAGCUGCUGGAGAAAGACUUGGAGGUGAAUUCAGUCACACUUCAGCUUCCAGUAUCGGAGGAGAAACUGCACAAGUUCAGGUCAGCAUCUGCAGAGGACCCCGAAAUGCAGCUGUUGAAAAACAUCAUACUUAGGGGUUGGCCCAAAGAACGCAGUGCAGUACCAAAAUUGAUUCAGCCUUAUUGGACAUUCAGGGAUGAAAUCACACACGCAGAUGGGCUGAUGUUUAAAGCAGCAAAGCUCAUUGUUCCAAAUCAGAUGAGGCAGGAAAUGCUGAACAAAAUACAUGAGUCCCACCUGGGUAUUGUGAAGUGCAAAGCGAGAGCUAGAGACAUUCUGUAUUGGCCGCACAUGUCGGCACAAAUUGAAGAACUGGUGUCUCAAUGUGCUACAUGUCAGGAGCACCAGAACAGUAACCCAAGAGAGCCUUUAAUUUCACACCCAGUACCAGAGAGACCGUGGGAGAAAGUAGGCACGGACAUCUUUCAUUUCAAAGGAUCUGACUUUCUGCUGUGUGUGGAUUAUUUCUCCAAGUUCCCUGAAAUCGUUAAGCUGAAAAACACCACGAGCAGCAGUGUCAUCGUGGCGCUGAAAUCCAUCUUUUCUAGACAUGGCAUUUGUGAUCAUUUGCUUUCGGACAAUGGACCAGCUUAUGCCAGUGUUGAGUUUAAAGACUUUGUCAAUGACUGGGAGUUUAAACACAGUACAUCUAGCCCAGGACAUGCCCAAGGGAAUGGUCAAUCAGAAAGGGCCAUACAAUCUAUUAAGAAACUGCUGAAGAAAGCUGAGGACAGCAAUGGGGAUCCCUAUAUUUCACUCUUGGAGUAUCGCAACACACCGCUGGAGGGUGUAGGUCUAUCACCAGCUCAGCUGUUCAUGGGCAGGCGGCUGAGAGGAAAACUACCAACUGCUACCUCACUGCUUACUCCACAGGGAUCUGACCAGGUGCACAGCAGGCUAAAAGAAAGACAGGAGUGUCAAAAAUUCUACUUCGACAGGCAUACCAAGAACCUGCCUGAUCUACAAGCAGGAGACAAUGUCCGCGUGCAAAGAGGAGAGGCCUGGCAGCCCGCUGUGGUCUUACAAAAACAUGAACAUCCAAGAUCAUUUGUUAUCCGUACACCUGAGGGGAAACAGUACAGGAGAAACAGAAAACAUCUGAGGAAAACCAGAGAGGAAACCUUUCCUGAAACUAAGGAACAACAGGACAUAGAUCUGAAUACAAACUCAUGGGCAAAAGACUAUGGUACAAGUUUCAGACAUGCAACACCAACGCGUUCACCAGAAACACCACCGCCUAAGAAUGAAGUUGUUAGUGUCCCACUCAAGGCAGCUGUUGAACAUUCUGAACCACUAGCUUAUCAGACCAGAUCUGGUAGACAAAGUAAACCACCUAUAAGAUAUGGAUACUGAGUAUUCUAUGAUUAAUGGACAAUGAUCAUGUGAUUUGAUUUAUUUAUUUAGAUUGCACUUGGGCAGCAUUUGCAGCAUGUAAAAUGUUUGGUUUAUUAUUAUUGUUUAUCACUUGUGGGUAACGAGCAUAAAAAAAAAAAAAAAAAAAAAAAGGAAGGAUGUGAUAUAUUGUGCUACAUUGUGAUAUAUUAUCGUGGAUGUGCCUCGCGGGCACCCAUAGCAGUUGCACUUAAUGGCACGGUCGCAAAGCUAAACGGUCUCUCUAUCAUAUGGUCAUGUGCCGGUCUGUAUGUUGGUGGCUCUGCUGAAUGCUACAUAAAAAGAACUGAGUUUUAAGAAGUCGUCAAGCCUCGUCAAUAUCCUACAAUAACAAUCAAGCUACCUUGUCAAUGAAAAAGGUUGAACAGUGCAUACAGCAAUGAAAUGUGGUGUUUGGAGCUGGAGUUGAACCAGCGACCUUUGGACCACAGCGUUUCAGGAACUUCUUACAGUCAUCUGCUCUACCAACUGAGCUAUGAAGGUGCUUAUAGACACAAACGCAGAAAACAUAGUGGCUUCGGCGACACACUUUGCCAACAAUACAAUUGGACCCACAUGGUCAAUGAAA